GAGUGGGCGGCGACUGGGCGCCGCCUCCGGUCCCUCUGUCCUCCUGAGCACCUCACGCGCCAUGUCCGGCCCGCCCGGUCCCUGCCGUCAUGAUUAGAAGGCGCAAAAAGAGCCUGCAUUAGCGUCAAUCCAGCGCUGCCAUGGUCGCAAACGGCACUCCCGCCAAGGGUCCGGACGGGCAGCCGCUCGGAUACCAGGAGCCGACGCCUUUCUACACGCAUCUGCUGCGCUUCCUUUUCGGACAUGUCGGCUUGUUCUUUCUCGUGGCCGGCUUUGCAGUUGUCGGGGCCUGGAUGUACGUCCAGAUCGAGCUGCCGGCCGAGGAGCAGCGGUACGCUCUCAAGAAGGUUCGCGCCGCCGACAUCAACGACGCCUACAACUACAUGAGCUCCCUGUUCUGGCACUACCAGGGCAAGAAUCUGACUUUUGCUCAGUGGGACCACAGGAUCAAGAUCAACCUGAAAACGAUGGAGCAGUUCAUCAUAAACGCAGUGGAGAACUUCAAAUACGACGGGACUGUGGACGAAUGGAACUACGACUGGACGUUCCCCAAGGCGCUGCUCUUCACCAUCACCAUCAUGACGACCAUCGGCUACGGUCACAUCGCGCCCAUCACCUUCACCGGCCAGAUGUUCACCAUCUGCUACGCCAUGAUCGGCACGCCGCUGCUGCUGGUCUUCCUGGCCAACGUGGGCGACUCCAUGGCAUCGGCCUUCACCCUCACCUACAGCCGGGUGUGCUGCCGCUGGUGUCGCGCCCGACGCUACCAGGCCGAGGCUGGCUUCGGCAAGAAGGUCAGGCGACUCGUCAAUGACCAAGUCGGCCAUGAGGCGUACAUGCCUACCGCUCAGGUGCUGGUGCCCAUCACGAUCAACAUGGUGCUGAUCGUGUUCUACCUGCUGAUGGGCGCUCUGAUCUUCUCCAACUGGGAGGGCUGGGAUCUGGGAAGCUCGUGCUACUUUAGCUUCGUCACGCUAUCCACCAUCGGCUUCGGAGAUAUGGUGCCGGGAAACAGCUUCCUCGACUACAAAGACGGCGGGGGCGCCGCGUUCAAGAUGAUCGCCAUCACGCUGUAUUGCGUUUUUGGCAUGGCCCUGAUCAGCAUGUGCAUCCAGAUGAUGCAGGACCAGAUAGUCUCGAAGGUGCAUUGGUUCGCCGCUGAGGUGGGCAUCAUCGACUCGGACAAGCGCGCGUCGCGCUCGCGCGUCAAGUACAAGCGCUCGCGCAAGGACCAGGUGCCAGAGACACCGCUCGACGCCGACGGCAACCUGUCGCAGCCCGCGUCCGGCGAGAGGCGCCGCAAGAAGAAGAAGAAGCGCCCCGUCGACCCGGAGGAAGGGGCCGACGAGCCGCUGGCCCCGCCCCCGGCCGCAGCCCCGGCCCCGGCCCCGGCCCCGCCCCCGGCCCUGGCCCCUGCCCCGGUCAGUAAGGUGGAGAGCGCCGAUCAGCUGAUCGACGAGGAGAUGGGCGCGGUGGCGUGAGAGGCCUCGGUCCGCGCUGCUGAGGCCGGAGAGCUGUGAGUGACAGAGGAAAACCACGACCAAGGCGCGAACGAGGACUCGACUCGGAUCAACGACCGUGUGGCCUGGCACUAUCCGUGCCCAUCGGCGUGUCUCACCUGUUUCGAGAGUUCUCCGUCGUCGGCUCACGCAGACGGCGGGCGUCUCGCUAUUUGUGCACGUGAUCUCCCGGGCUGGCCCGCGGUUUAGCGGUCCCGCUCGGAGUCAGACCGGCCCCGCCCCCCCCCCCCCCUCUCUCCCUCUCCUCCUGGGCCGUCUGACUCCGAUCGGCGACUCCGACUCGGGUCCUGCCCGUGCGACAGCCUCCAGGGAAGACCCGCGCACUGGGCUCACUACGACCAAUGGGACUGGGGACCCGCGAUUCAAGUACACGUGCCAAACAGCGGAGCGGGGAGGGCAGCCGGGGUAGCCCCUUGCUCUUCGACGGCCCAUGUGAUGCCUUCUCCGCUCCUCCCGCCCAGGCGCCGGCUCUUCCCUUUGUUUGGGAGGGCUACGUACGCUCUUCUGUUGUCACAGUGUGAAUGCCCGCGCGCGUGAGUGCAGAUGAAGGUCUAUUCAAAAUAAAGCAAGGCAUUCGGUA